GUCGCGUAAAAUCGCGCCAUAACCAGAACCAGUCUUCGAUCAGGCCAUAAACUAGAGACAAUCUCAAUGGCAGGAUUAGCCGAAAAGAAAAUUAUUUAUAAUUCUAUGUCAGAAGACGAUCCUAAUGGAAAUAAUAGCGGAGAGACAAUAGAAGAGGUGAACACACCAAGAUGGGGGCCAAAUCAUGCAGGGGCAAAGGAAUUAGCGGCUGGUUACUCUACAGGAAAGCGUAUCCAAGAAAUUAUGUGUGUUGCCAUAAGCAUACCCUUAAUGCUUGUGAACAUUUACUUUCUAUUUGUGAAUUUCUCGUUUAAUAGAUGGUAUAUCAUAUUAAUAAGUGGAGUUCUAGGUAUCCUGAUGGCAGAUUUUUUUAGUGGGUUAGUCCACUGGGGAGCAGAUACGUGGGGCAGUGUAGAUCUCUUUCUUUUAGGAAAAACAUUUAUUAGACCUUUCCGAGAACAUCAUAUUGAUCCUACUGCAAUAACAAGACAUGAUUUUAUCGAAGCAAAUGGCGAUAAUUUCGCUGUCUGUAUACCUGCUUUAGUCUAUAUGGCCUAUCAAUUUUGUUCUUAUGAACAGAAAGAUAUUGAUUUAGUUUACAAUAGGAAUACUUUUAUAAUAUUUCUAAGCAUUUUUGUCUCAAUGACGAAUCAAAUUCAUAAAUGGUCACAUACAUAUUUUGGUUUGCCAAAUUAUAUAGUCUGGCUUCAAAAUUGCCAUAUAAUCCUACCGAGAAAACAUCAUCGAAUUCAUCAUGUUGCUCCUCAUGAAACAUACUUUUGUAUCACGACUGGUUGGUUAAAUUAUCCUUUUGAGUAUAUCGGCUUUUGGACAUUUUUAGAAAAUCAGAUUGAGAAAUUUACAGGUGCCAAACCCAGGUCCGAUGAUUUGGCAUGGGCAAAGAAAACUGAUUAG